AUGCCAAAGAUUAGACACGCUCGUUCGAGAAGGCCACCUGAAGGGUUUGACGAGAUCGAGCCAACUCUUCAAGAGUUUGCUCAAAAGAUGAAAGAUGCCGAAAAUGAGCCGCACGAAGGGAAGCGUCGUGUAGAAUCCCUAUGGCCCAUAUUUCGUCUUCACCACCAGCGAUCUCGUUAUGUUUACGAUCUUUACUAUAAACGUCAAGCUAUAUCAAAAGAUCUGUAUGAUUACCUUCUGAGACACGGAUAUGCUGACGCCAAUUUGAUUGCAAAGUGGAAGAAGCCUGGAUUCGAAAGACUUUGCUGUCUGCGAUGUAUCCAACCCAGAGACACAAACUUCGGCACAACUUGUAUUUGUCGUGUUCCAAAAUCAAAACUGGAAGAGGGACGCAUAGUAGAAGGAUGUUCGAGCACAGAUUUCGUAUCGUCAAAGAAGGAGGCAAAAGUGAAAGACAAUAUACCUAGUCAAUCUUGA